UUGUGCGUCUAUUAUAUUUAGUUAUAAAACGAAAGAAACAUUUCAGACAAUCUAAUAUUUAACAUGAAUGUCAUAAUUCGAUAUAGAGCCGAUUUAACACUUUUUUAAAAGAUUUUUCUGUUGAUUUAAUAGUUCAAAUUCUAGAGACUAUUAACUAAAUUACGAAGAAAACGAAAUUUUUCAUUGUUAAAUGGUUGAAUAUUCAAUGGUAUUCCAUUUAUGGUCGAUUUGUAGAAUUUACUCUGUUAACGAACCAAUGCGACGAUAUAUGUACGUAGUUCUAUAAUUAGUGUUUUGCAGUGAAUAAACGUGUGAUACAAUUAAAUUUGAGGCUUUAUAGUGGGGAUAGUGUUAUUAUAUAUAGUGCAUAGUUUUCUUGUCGUUCCUCCAACAUUACGUAGAUUAUACUCGAAGCUGUCUCGAUUUUUCGACCGUGGUAAUGGUGGUAGACGUGAUGAAAAUAAAAAACUUGAAUAAGAUUUCGAGAGCAGCGGAUUCGUGAGAAUCAAUUGAUCAAGUGUCGAGCUGUUCGCGAUAGACCGAUAACGGUGCGAAAUAAGAAAUUACAUAGUGAACGAUCAUGGUGUGACUCGGGUGACUAGAUUGAUCUUUCGGAAAGGUCGACGAGAUUGACCGGUGGUUGUGUAGUGAUUGGUUUUGGUUGUGGUGGUUGAUACGCUCUUGGGAGUCGGAAGCCCGUUGGCACUUGGGCCUCGUUUACAUCGGUUUACUCAUGCUGGGAGUUUUGAAGCGGCGCUGGAAGCCAUCAAAAAGGGCUUCCAGCGUCCGCGGACCUGAUUCGCCCCUGAGCUCGGAUCUGGCGCUUGAUAAGCCUCGUCCCAUACCAUCACCCAGACAAAUUCACCCCCUGUACGGGGAGAAAGCCGGGCUCCUAGGCUACUGCGAUCCGCUCGGUAACGCAGAGAAUUUUCCACCAGCCCCGAACAUCGUCGUCGAGGGUGGCAGAAUCGAGUUUGUCCGCCCCUCGCAGGAUGGCACCACGACACCCCGUAGGAACACCAUGUCUCGUGGCUCGCAGACCUUCAACGACGAGUCCGAAAAGUCUGACCCUGCGAAGGUACGUACCUGCCACUGCAGCAUCACAAAUUCUUCCCUGACGUCUCGAGCGUGCAUUAACGAGAGCUUGGAAGAGCGGGUACAAGAACUGGAACAGGCGUUGCAAGCAGAACGUCUUGCUGCGCAACGAGACCGAGCGACGAUUACGAAGUUGCAAAGACAGAUCAACAAGAGAGAGGCUACGCAACGAGAUGUGGAACGCGAACGACGACAACGAAUGGAAGCCGAAGCUCGGGUACGCGAAGCUACGGCUGAAGCUGAAAGAGCACGCUCCAGGGUUCAUCACCUUCAGAGAGAACUGGCCAGGAUGGAGGAGACAUCACGGGGGUUGCUGCAGCAUAAGCACAGGGCCGAACAGCUGAAGCAAGAGAAAACUGCGCUCACACUUUCUUACGAGGCACGCGUGCAUCAGUAUCAGGCUCAGAUUUCGAAGCUGCAGCUGGAGAACGAGUCGAUGAGGGGUCAGCUGCGCGGUUUGGAGGCUGCAUGUGCUGGUGAGGUGCAUGCUGCGUUGGUGGCACGUCUGGCGACCUUGGAAACGGAACACGCUGCCUUGGCACGAGACGCGGACGCUCAGCGUCGCCAGUACGAGCGGUGCCUGGACGACGUCGCCAACCAGGUGGUCCGCGCCCUUCUAUCCCAAAAGGGUCUGAGGGAAGAAAUCGGUGCAUUGCAGAGGCGUAUACGGGAGCUGGAGGCUCAAAAUCGUGCACUUUCAGGAUUAUUGGCCCAGGCCGCAAAUCCUGGAAGUCCGACAGAAUUGAUUCAAGGGAUCCUCGAAGCUGGACCGGCGGCACUAGUCGCUGCUCUUGGUCUGGACCCAGCUUGGGUUCCCUUAUCAAGGCCACGCUCGCUCAAUUUACAGAUACCAGUCAUGGCUGCUACGAAAUGUCGAAGAAACAGACCUUUGGCACAAAAACCGUCAGAAGAGGAAGGUAGCGAGAGUCCAGAAAGUGGGAAUAGAGACGAGGGUUAUUCAACGAUGUCCAGCGACGUACAGGGUGAGGGUGCUCGACAGGAACCAUCCCGAGGGUUAGAAGAUCUAAAGGAGGCGACAGACGAGACCGAGGCAGACGUUUCACCGGAUGCACGGCUGGUCGCCCUCGACGCUGGCGACCCGGACGUGCUGUUUUUGCCGUUGAAUCUCACCGUAGGAAUAAAUCCACGUCACAGUUAUCCCCCAACCAAAGACUUGCUGCCGUAUCAGCACGUGAUGCGCAGCUUCUCUGACAGUCACCUAUGCCUUAAGCUGACUACUACAACCAAUUUCACACCGUACAAGCUACCAAGCCCCAUGGGAUCCUCUUCUCUUCUUCUAGUCGAAGAAGAAGGCUGGGAUGCCGAGUAUGUGCAACAAUGGCUCAGGUUGGACGACAGCAGAAGUGCUCAACAACAUCGAGAUCACCUCGAGUUGGAAUAUGACAGAGCAGAACUGGAAGAUUGGAGUUUCUCGUUGUCCACCGAGGACCUUGUUCAAAAUGAAUCUACGGUAUGGAAGGAACCCUCCACCACUACCACCCCAGCUCUUCCAGCAAUCAAGGAACAUAAUCCUUUGGAAUUGGAAGAAGACGCGAAUGAAUGUUUGUGGAAUGGUGCCAGUUACCUUGCUGAUAGAACAGGAGGCGAACUGGUUGCUCUUCUUAUGGAUGCCAGAGCGACUGGGUCGUGGCCAUACGCUACGAGUCCUGGUGCUUCCUGGAGCAGCGAAGAAGGAGCAUUUGAAAAUUCCAGCAAACGAUCCUCUGCGGCGUUAUCCGGCUGCAGCGAUGAUCCAGACUCUCCAUCCAUUGGCACGGAUUUUACCAGAGACUUUUAUAGACUGGUAAAGUUCGAGAGUACGAAAAGCUUGGCAAGCACAUCGUCGAGAAGCGGAAGACCUCCACCGGACAGGGAACAAGCAUUGCAGAGCGUGUUGUCCUUUAUCGCUGAACAACAAAUGUAUUUGGCUGAAUUGCCAAAUAAUCUACUAGAACAUAAUAGUGCAACUCUUGCAACGGAAGUUCUAGAGGAAACCGAACACAAGGAUGAGUCUGGAACUGAGGCGAUGUGCGCCGAAAUAGAAACAUCUGUCGAUCAAGAUAGCAGCAACAUCGAGAACAUUGCUGAAACGAGCAGUAACGACGAUUUGCUCGAUCAGAUACCCGUACCCUCUUUAGCGCCGGAGGAGAGAAUAAUCAGUGCGGUAGCUUGCAAUGGUGGUGUUUCUUAUACUACGGUCGCGCCGUCUGAAUUAGGUGCCGUUCCCGAAGAAGACGAGGAAGCUGCUACUUCCUCUACACCAAGCACAGUUGUAAGCCCAGCAAGAGCACCGUUAUUAGUUGAAGGCAGGGACAGAUCGUUGAGCUUUCACGAACGUGCCACGUCGAAAGAUGUGAUAGAUGAACUGAAUCGAAUGAUCAGAAAAGGUGAAGAGAACACCGUUACCCAAGAAACCCAGGUGCCGCUUGAAAAAUUGGAUCUCGCUUGCUGCUGUCCGACUGGAUGGGUUCACGUUGAACGAGAUAUUGACUUUACCGACCCAAAAGCAAGAGCCAAUUUAUUAGACGUGAUGCUAGAAAGCAGUGAAAGUUCUUCGGCGACAUCGAGCAGCGGAUCAGCCGGAAGUGACUCGGGGGAUGAACCACCUGAUUACCGUCACUUGCAUAGACUACACCGAUACCGACGACAAAAGAAAGCAUCGGCGGCCCAGGCACACCGUGUGCUGCGAUUGCCGUCAACCUGGGGUUCAUCGAGGCCGUCGAUCAUCGGACGAGGUGACGAUUUCUUCGUGCGAUACGGAGACAAGGAGCGCGAAGCUGUGGCCUCGUUUGACUUCCUCGACGAGAUCGUGGCACCUUCCUCGACAGGCUCGAACGCUAGUCUCAUCGAUUUGGAUGACACACCACCUACAGAGCUUCGUAGCGACAUCAUGAAGCUUUCUCCUCUUUAGAAUCAGCUUCGACAUAGAAGUCUAUCGUAAAAUUGCACGUUGACACGAUGGGAGCACUCUUGUAAGGGUAGGAAAAAUAUCCUGUUUUAAUUGUAGGUCGGCGCGCAUACUUUGUUACACUAUGGUGAACUUAUGCUGCGCCGGUGUUAAGCUUCAAUGCUGUAUCAAAAGUACAUAAGUACAUGAAACUGAAAUCUACGGAGACAAAAUGUAUUAUAACAUUUUGAAGGGUACAUUGAUUUUGUUUUAUUACUCUUGUUAAGUCGCGCGUACACUUACAUUACACGUACACUUACAGCGAGUAAUUUGCAUAUAAUUUCGAUGGAAACGUACAAGUUGCUCUUCUUGUACGAAUAUAUUCUACGGGUGUUUUGCUAAGGGUCAGUAUAGUGUUAUUGCGACGAUAUCUAUUUAUUUUUGUUAAAUUACCCCAAAAAUCUUCGACACAAAUUUUCAACGAUGUGUAUUCUUUUUUCGUAGUAUAACGUAUAAAAUAUAGAGAAAAUUCGAUAGUAUAAAAAGAAUUUUUUCUUAUACUCUCUUAUUACUUUAAAUCGUACCUCCUUUUUGAAUAAACAUGAAUAUUUCUGCACAAAAUUAAUUAUUAAAUAAGUUAACGAAAUAAAAGCCACUAAACGUAGGUACUGUUAUAUUGUUUGCCUAUUUAUCAUAGAGAUUCUCAAGAUGUACAUCUUUCUUUGGUGUCUAAUGACUUGCUACUUGUUAUCACAUUCGUAAAUAUUCAAAUCUGUAAAUAGGAUAUUGAUUUUCUUAUAAAUAAGAAUAAUUAUUCAUGAUCUACUUGCAUCUUGAAUACCAUGGUGUAUUACGGCUUUUAUAAAUUUUUAGAUAUAAAUAUAAAUUAUUAUUGAGAUAAUCACAAUAUAAAAAAUAUUGUUUGACUUUAUGGUGAAAACUUAGGUAUAUAAUUUCUAGAAUUAAUGCUCAUUUUUUGUUUGAAAACUUCCUUUGAACAAAACGUUAGAUGAAUUUCCUUUUACCUUUUCUUUAUAUACAUAAAAAGUCCUAGAACAAUUUAUCAUACUUGAAGUAUGCUCUUGCUCACAAGAUGGAAGUAGACUCCUUAAUUAUUAUAUACACAUAAACAUUAAAGUAUGGAUAACAUUAUCUAAGAGGUGGUCUAUACAUAUAUACAAAAAAUACUAUUAGUGUAAUAUGUACAGUAUAUGUGAACUAUCAUGAGAAAAAUAUCAUAGACUGGAACUAUGAUUAUAGGUUACUGUACACUUGAAUACAUAUUUCAAAUAGUACUUCCAUUGAUGAUCUUGGCAGGAUCAUAAAAUAUCAGGUGAUCUUAACAAAAUCUACUUCUUACGCACAUGAAAUUUAAUUUACACUUUUAAUAUACGUUUCAUAAAGAAUUUUAAAGAUUCAGAAGUCGAUUACAACAAAUCAUGAUUGGAACGUAACUUUAAAAUAUUUAGAUAGAACAACUGUUUUUACAUUUUUCAAACCAAAACAUAUAAUUUAAAGAAUGCGAUGUCGCGUAUUAUCUUCCCAAAAUUGAGCUUAGAAAAAUUUAGAUUAAGAGUACUCGACGAUUUUGUAUGAAUAUGAAUUUGUACUCUUCUUCGUCGAUCAUCAAUAAACGUUGAGGACAUACUAUAAUAUCCUGUUGUUGGUAUGAGACACGUGUUAUAUGUACGCUAUGAGUGGAUAUAACCUUUUGUUCCGUCCUCAACGAAAAUAUAUUGAAUGUAAUACUUAUGAUCUGUAAGAUAAAAUAGAAGAAGUUCAAAUUCAAACGGAUAUAUUUAAAAUACGCUCGGCGAAUGAGUCAUACCUAGAUGAUAGAAAUAACGUAAGUAAAAAAAACUCGCAACAGAAAAAUAGUAACGCUAUGAUCAAAACGCCGUACCAAGUAGAUAAUUUCGUCAUAACUUGUACAAGAUGAUUCACACUAUUUCAAGAACAUAUAACGUUCGAGAUAAAUCGUUAACUUGCGUUUGGUCAAAUUACUAGAAAUAAUAUAGUUCAUAUAAUGUUUAAGGUAUCAAGUCGAUAGAAAUUGAAAUAUUUUACACGUAGGUAUAUAUAUAUAUAUAUUAUAUAUAUGUAUUAAACUCGGUGAACAUUUUCAAUAUUGAAAUGGAGACUGUACGAAUAUAGAAUUGUAUUUUCCAUUAGUCCAUUUUUUACACACAAUUUCUUAUUAUCAUAUAUACAAUGUGUAUGAGACUAGAAUAAUCAAUUCAUCCUUUAUGCAUAUGUUAAAAAGAGAUAAAAAAUACUAUACAUACAUAUUAUAUUGAAAUCCAGUAUAUUAUUAUUGUUUAUAUCUAAUGAUUACAUAAAACUUUACCGCAUCGCUGAUUUUAAUAUUUAAUAACUACAACGAAGAAGUUCCAAACGAAAACAACUUAUAUCCUGCAGUCUCAAAGUAAUCGUUUAAUGAUAGUUAUAAGGUACGUGUGAGAUGCAUUAUAUCGAAAAUGCGAUGAUUAAAGCACCGAUCCUCUAUCCCAAUUGACAGAAAGAAAAUCCAUCGAUGGAUAUAAACUCGUGAUUGGGACAUUGUAAAUAGUAUGUAUUAUAGCACAACAGAUGUAAGUUAUCCUCUCUUGAACUUAAUAAAUAACGACAAUAUAACGAAUGUAAAGGCGCAUAUUCGAUGUUCAAUCUAGAAAACCGUUCCUAUAAAAAUACUAUUGAUAUACAUAUAAAUAUUAUCAGUUCACUCGAUCAUAUUGUCCAUUAAGAUAGACAAAUAUUUCAAUAAAUAAUAAAAGUAAUUUAA